GCUAGUCUGUGCUAGUCGUGUGUGUUCCGCGCUGCUAUAAACAAAGCCUCCGUGCUCUACAAAUCCACACGAAAACUUUUCAGUAUCUGCGUAGUUUUAUAACAGUGUUGUGCUAUCUUCCACAUAGGAAAAUUAAAUGUAAAUCCUAUAAAAUCCAGGACGGAUAAUAUUGUGUUAUAAAUAAUACAAAAUAUAACAAUGGGACAGCCAGGAUCUUUCUUUCUGAAGGUUUGUGAACACAAAUUUCGACGCGCGUGAGGGAAGGCUGUAAAGAUUCACUGGUGGUUGGCAGCGUUGCCAAAUAUUGUCCAAGUUGAACAGCAAUUGAGUUUACAGACGGUAAAAGAGAGGAAUACGAAGGGGUAGGUUUCAGUAGGUGUAAGAACUGGAUACGGGAAAUCAGUGCUGAAGUUCGUCCGCGGUGGAGUUGAGGAGGCGGACGAAUUAAACAUGAAGACGAGACGUGAUUCUAAGAUGACGCCUCCCCAACAUCCCCUGUGCUUCGUCCUGGUGAUUUCAAUAAUGUGCGUCCUCCCAGGCAUUGCUCAGAAUGAAAAUGUGGAGUACUCAUCGGUGUUCACAGACACUGCGCUGGAAAGUGAAACCGUACAGAUGGGCGACAAGAAGUUUGGUGACAAAUGUGACGCCACCAUCGAAUGUGGCUUCGAUAACGCCAUCUGUUCCGGGGACAAGAGGCCCACGUGUCAGUGCCUGCCGGAGUAUCCAGCCACCAACCACUUCGACAAGUGCGGAAAACCAUCUUCUAUCAACGAGUCCUGUUUCUUCAACGAGCAGUGCGAGAUGAGUCACUAUCAGACCGAAUGCCGUGAGAGUCACUGUGUAUGUCGGUUCGAGAUGACGCCCUUCACCAAGAAGGACGGAACAAUAGAGUGCUCUGUGAAGAAUGAGCCAACUGGACCCACAACAUAUGUAGACCCUGCCAUGAUUGGUGUCCUGGUGGGGAUGGCACUGAUGUUCAUCAUCCUGUGCGUUGUGCUCCGACUCUUCAGCAAAGCCCGAUGGAGAGAGAAUCGAACAAUUUUCAAUACACCAAACCCUCGAUUGAUGAACGCGUCGCUUUUGAGAGAGAGCAAACUGCUGCACGGUACUGACCGCCGAGGAAGCCGCGCGAGCGUCCGAGGUCCAAGCCGCCAUGCCAGCAUGGCAUCACUGAGACCACAGUCACCUCAGUCAUUGGGUUCACGACGGGGAAGCCACGCCAGCAGUAACGCAUCUGCGACCUCCAACAAGUCCCCGGUAUCGCCGACUAAAGCAACAACCACCAACAGCACAGGAGUACCAAACCACGCUGAGAGUGUGACCGUCGAGGUGCAGGAGCCUAAAAUAUAAGAAGGAUGCGAGUCAAGACAGGAUGCAGGGCCAACUCUGACUCCGAAAAUUAAACACCUAAAUCUCAUCUUGUUCAUACUAUGAAGUAUCUUGUCAUCGUACUCCAGAAUUUUUAUCGUAUCUAACGACAUUAAUGUUUGGCUUGAAAUUUUUCUCCUAUAGAUCAGCUUAGGGAAAAAUUUAAUUAAAAAAUCCAUAUAAAGAAAACAUUAUCAAAAUAAUUACAAAUUUCACAUACAGUACUUAAUUAUUUCCCAUAGUAAAUUGUAUUACAUGUAAUUUCUGAACAAGAUCGUUUGAUGCCAAAAUUUGUAGUAUGAACAAGUUAGAAGAAUAUUGAUUAGGUACUUUUAUGUACACGUGAUUGAAGUCAAUAGAGUGAUUCUUACUAGGGACCAGCUAAUUUAUUAUCUUUACGUCUCUGUUAUAUUGAAUUAUAUUUAUUAGAAGCAUUAGAGCAGAAGUGUUGGGAAAGUCAAUGGGGCUUAGUAGUACAGAGAAUCACUGAUAUCUAUAAUGUAUUAAAUGUUUGUUACAUAAAUAUAUAAUUUUAUCGAAUGAAUUAAAAUGGAUAAAAUGUUAUGCUUCGAAUAAUAUUAUAAGAGUUUACGCGCUACGCUGAAUAUUUAUGUUGUUUUUUUUUGUGAAAUUCGAUUCAGAUGAUCUUGUGUCAAUGUGACAUUUAGAAAUUCCUUUCAGAAGACAUGAUGCUUAAGGUAAAGAAAAUAAUUUUUUAAAAAAAAAUCCAAACAUAAUCUAAUCAGAAUGUCAACAACAGAGACUUGGAAAUUAUCUCAGAGAGUGUAAAAUUUUAAAUUUAUCAAAGAGGAUAGUUUAAUUUAAAAAUAAUCUUUUUCCCUGUCCAUUUUGGACAGACAUUCUUUAACGCUUUUUACUGAAAAUCAAAUUAAAAUCAUCAUCAGCAGUAGUAGUAGUAAUUAUGAUAGCAGCUGUGGUAGAAAGUAUCAUUUUUCAGCCUGCCGCAACUGUCCUAUGUCUUAGCACAUGCUUUAACAGUAUUAAACAAAAUAUAUUAGGAUUAUUCAUUUGUAUAUAUUUUAAUUUAUUCUUUUCCAGUCAUCUGUGUAUAUAUUUCUCUACAUAAAGGUACAAUUAUAAAGAAGCAUUCCUUAUAUGUAACUUUAAAACAAUGAAAUUACUUUUUGUUGUGUUUCCAUUAUAUAAGAUUCAUUUUCAUUUUUCAUGUGCACGUAUUUUUCUUACAAAGCACGUGUCAUCAACUAACUCUACAUCUGUGCCUAUUCUUAUUUAAUAACAUUAAUUAAAAAUGCACCAACGCGACAUUCAUCGAUACAAUUGUACUCAGACAUGAAGACCAAUAUUUGUUACUAAUCGCACAAGCGUAAAUUUAGAUCAGGAUAUAUCCCUUGCACUCACUUUAUUGAGCUUGUAAAUUUUAAAUAAUAAAAUGCAGUGACAUACAUAACUAUUAGAAUGAAUAUUCUAUAUAAGUUUUCAUAAUAAUUCUGUAGUCAAAGAAAUAUAUUUCAGAUGUUACACUCACGAUCAACUCGUACAUCCGAAGGGCUCGAUUUUUAUGGCCUUCGUAUCUUAAUAAAAAUCUAUACGAUAUUAUAGCCUCUCGCUUAACUAGCAAAAUUCGUAGUUCACAGUUUUUACGUACGUAGUUGUUCCCUUAUUCUCUCUUCGCCAAUAUAACAUCUGCUAUCAGAAAAUUUGGGGAAGGUUUUCUGAUCACCAUUUGCUGGACGCCGUGACAUACAGCAGAUGAACGUGCAUGAUCCAUUACAAAUGUAGCAACUUUCUUCACGUACUUAGUGUGUAUUAAUGUAACUAGUUCAAAUAUUAUGAUUUAAAUAGUGAUACUACGAAAGUGAUAAAAAAGUUUUUACUACUUAAAUACUAUUUCCCAUUGCUGCUCAAAUGUACAACAAGCUAUACUGUGAAUACUUAAUAAAUAUCUUCAAAGUUCUUUAUAUCAACAUGUCUUGUAUGCGUAGCUUCAGCAACAUAGAGAAAUUACUUAGAAGUGAAAUUAUGUAUCUAUGAAAAAUAUGAUUUUAAGUACGUCAUAGUACGUAUGCCACUUUCUAUAAGCUUCUUGAAUGUGUAAGAGGAGUUGGUUUUAAUAUCUGAACUUGAGUCAUUGGGGAAGAGAUUCAAGUCCUCAUAAUUAAAACAUCGAGUAAUGAAUUAUAGAGAUUUAUCACACAGACAAAUUUCUGUCCAGACUUUUUUAAUAUUUUAAUAUAAUAUAUUUAUAUUAAUAUUCCUGCUUGUUCUGAAAAUAUAUAGUGUGCUUGUAUUUAUUUACAUUUUUUAUUGGUGUGUUGAAAUGAAAGGAGAGGGACACUUUUUCUACAAUUCCUGUCUGUAGAAUAGCAACUAUACUUAAUGAGAGUUUAACAUAGUAACUUUGAAAGGAUAGAGAAUAGUAAACAAAGUAAUGUAUUUCAAAAUGCCAACUGAAUCCACUUUGUAUUCUUGUCUUUCAAAACAUUCAAAGAUCUGACUGCUGUUAUUCUAUACAAUAUAAAAAAAAAUGUAUCACUGAACUUAAUUUUAAUAAAAAUCUUAUCUUGCAAGACUA